CUCUAGAGAGGGAAAUUAAACAUUCUUCCUAGUGAUCGUCACCACUACCAUCAUCACCAUGGCAGCCACUGAAAGCCAAGGAGAGGAUUACAUUCUCACAUUGUCCUGCCCGGACAAGUCUGGCAUCGUGCACGCGGUGACGGGCAUUUUCGCCAGCCAGGGCAUCAACAUCCUGGACCUGCAGCAGUUCUCGGACCCAGUCUCCAACAAGUUCUUCAUGCGCGUGCACUUUGGACCCGUCUCGUCGCCCGACACCCUCAAGGCCUCCUUUGUGGACCUGUCGGCCUCCCUCGACAUGGACUACGACAUCCGGCCCGUCGCCAAGAAGAUGCGCGUGCUCAUCAUGGUCUCCAAGAUCGGCCACUGCCUCAACGACCUGCUCUUCCGGGCCAAGGCAGGCCAGCUGCGCAUCGAGGUGCCCGUCAUCGUCUCCAACCACCCAGACUACGAGCACCUGGCCAGGAGCUACGGCAUCGAGUUCCACCACCUGCCCGUGACCAAGGACACCAAGGCCCAGCAGGAAGGCCAGAUCCUCGAGCUGGUCAAGCAGCACGGCAUCGAGCUGAUCGUCCUGGCCCGCUACAUGCAGGUGCUGUCGCCCACCCUGUGCGCUGCCAUGAGCGGCAAGAUCAUCAACAUCCACCACAGCUUUCUGCCCUCCUUCAAGGGCGCCAAGCCCUACCACCAGGCCUACGACCGCGGCGUCAAGAUCAUCGGCGCCACCGCGCAUUUCGUCACCGCUGAUCUCGACGAGGGCCCCAUCAUCGAGCAGCGCGUCGCGAGGGUCGACCACAGCAUGAGCCCCAAGGAUCUCGUCGAGGAGGGCUCCAAUGUCGAGAGCCAGGUAUUGGCCGCCGCCGUGAAGUGGGUUGCCGAGAGGCGGGUCUUCCUCAAUGUUACAAAGACGGUCGUCUUUAACUGAGCUUUGGUUGUUGGGAAAGAAAAACUGAAAAACAAAGGAAGAGAAAAAGGAGAAGGACAUAUAAAAAUAAAAUAAAAUCAUCCAUUUGUUCAAACUGUG